UACCAAAAGCUACUCAAUUCUAACAAAGUCAUCAAUAUGGCUUCUUCUUCCUCUUCUCCAAUAUUGUUAAUGAUCAUUUUCUCAAUGUGCCUUCUAUUUUCCUACUCAGAAUCCACAGAAUAUAUUGCUGGAGACAAUGAAAGUUCCUGGAAGGUUAAUUUUCCAUCAAAAGAUGCACUCAUCGAUUGGGCCACUAGACACCAAUUCACAUACAGCGAUGCUGUUGUCAAUGAGCAUGAGGAUGACUGUAAUACAAAGGUUCGUUCCAAGAUAGGUGAUAUGGUUGUUACAAAGAGGCCUCUAGUUCUCCCACCGUUGAUUACCUUGCCACAGUCACCUUCACCAGCACCGGCACCAAAUUCGUCCAGCACUGCUGCGAGCCGUGGAUUCGUCGUGUUGUUGGAGGUUUCACUGGCUAUGUUGAUGCUCUUAAUUUGGCUAUAGUUGUUUGUUUCUCUAAUAAGCUUUGUGACUUGCUUCAUGCAGAAAUAUGCAAUGUUUGUGUCUGUGGUGAAGGUCAAUUACAUUUUUAUUUUGUUUCAUGUUUUCUUAAUUUUCAUGGACAAUAAAGGUUCUUGUUUGUUUGUUUUUGAUCAGAAU